AUGCCUGGGUGCCCGGUUUCAGCCCAGGAGGCGGUCCAUGAAUCUGGGAGCGGCUCUGUGCAGAGCUGCCGCACUGCCCAGAUAGAGACCCGGCGGUCAGCCCAGAAUGACUCCUUGUCUCUGCUGGAUUACGAGCUGGAGCCUGUUCCAGAGGCUGAGCGGGCUGGGGAAACUAUGAAGUCCCAGGAUGUGAGGCCAGAAAUCCCCGUCUCUUCACAGUCCGAGCCCUUAUUAGUGGUCCCCGAAGCCCUUAAGGCCCCCAAAACCCUUGAGGCCCCCGAAACCCUUGAGGCCCCUGAAGCCCUUGAAGCCCCUGAAGCUCUUGAGGCCCCCAAAGCCCUUGUCCCUGUGCUGCCUCCCGGUGAGUCCAACAGGGAGGAGUACUCUGAAGACAUGCUGCCUUCAUACAUAUGGGAUGAUGAUGACUAUGAAGAUAUAAUGAAAGUCCCGUCCAGCCAUGAGCGGCAGGAAGAAGUCACUGAACGACCAUCCUGGGCCAAUAAAACUGAGUACCUCCUGGCCCAGGUGGGCUUCUCUGUGGGGCUGUGCACCAUCUGGCGCUUUCCUUACCUGUGUUUUCACAACGGAGGGGGCAGCUUCAUCCUUACCUACAUCGCCAUGAUGCUGCUGGUCGGGAUCCCGCUCCUCAUCCUGGAGAUGGCCGCUGGCCAGAGACUGCGCCUGGGCAGCAUUGGUGUCUGGAAAGCCAUCAGCCCCUGGUUCGGUGGUGUGGGGUAUGCCAGCUUCAUCAUGCUGUACGUCUCAGUACUUUUUCCCUACCUCAUCCUUUUCUGUCUCCUCAUCCGGGCUCUACUGCUGGAAGGUGCAUUUUUUGGCCUCCAGACUUUGUUGGCCUUCAAGGUAACAUACCUGUACUCAAUCGACAUGUGGCGCUGGGUUGGGAACCAGAUCUUGUUUUCCCUGAGUCCUGGCUUUGGCAGCUUCACCGCAAUCAGCUCGUACAUCCCUCGGUCCAACGACUGUAUCACUGAUGCGUUCAUUGUGGCUUUUCUCAACUUGGCCGCCUCAAUGCUUGACACACUCAUUGUGUUUUCCAUGAUGGGCUACUUGGCCACAGUGAAAACCAAAAACUGCUACAUAAGGAAUGCUGAUGAGGUGACGAGAAUGGUAGCUGAUGGCUUACUACCCAAUGAGGCCAAACCCCCAGGGGGUCUCUACCAAGAUCCAAAUGUCAUCUAUAUAAAGUGGAUCAACAGCUUGCCCAGAAAGGUGAAACACGAGGUCCUACAGUAUUUGUUUAUUUGCAACAGAACGACAGAAUUGAAAAGGGUUAUGGAGGGGCCGGGCGUGGCCUUCGUGACGUUUACGGACCUCAUCUCUGUGUUUGCUGGCUCCAACUUCUGGGCCAUUAUUGUGUUCCUGUUGCUGAUCACGGUAGGGCUGAGCACCAUUCUAGGUCUCAUGCAGGGCAUCAUUACGCCUCUCCAAGAUACCUUCUCCUCCCUGAGGAAACACACAAAUAUGCUCACAGUGGGCGUGUGUAUGGCCAUGUUCCUGAGCAGCCUCAUGUUCACAUGGCCCUCCAGCAGCUACUACUUGAAUCUGCUGGAUGAUUAUUGGAUAGCUCUGGCCCUCUUCUUCAUUGUCAUUUUGGAGAAUGUGGCCACAGCCUGGAUCUAUGGGGCCAGGAGGUUUCUGGCAGACCUAACUGUCAUGUUAGGCUAUUCCAUCCGGCCUAUUUAUCGUUGGCUGUGGAGCUGUGUGUCGCCCUUUGUGCUGAUCGUCCUGUUUGUGACCACCCUGAUUCAUCUCUUGGUGAAGUCUCCCACCUACCUGGCCUGGAACUCCAGCACUUCAAAAGAGAUCUCGCUGUCUUACCCCUCGUGGGCCAAUGUCUUGCUGGUGGUCCUCAUCACUGUGACCAUCCUGCCCAUCCCUGCCUACUCCAUGUACAUCCUUGUCCAGAAGGCCAGAGGACCCUUGUCAGGGGUCCCCACUUCCGCAGACACCACCCGGGUCCCUCGGACUGACACCUCCCUCCAGAGAGGCCGACACUUCGGCAGCAGUCUGCUGAACGGCAGGUACUACGCAUGUUCACGUGUGCACAUGUAUCCCCUCAUCAGGUGCUCCUGGGCCUGGCAGCAGAACACCAUGGGGUCCCUUGAAGACUUUUCUGACACCCCAGAGGAAGAGUCCAACAAACUUGGCAACACCCACUCCUUCUCUUGGAACUUCAAAGCCAAGGACGUGUGGGCCAACAAGAGCCCAAACUACCUCCUCCGGAGUCGGAACAGGGAGGGCAUCUUGGUCCAGGUGGCCUUCUCCAUGUGGCUGGGCAGCAUGUGGCGCUUCCCUUACCUGUGUCACCGCAACGGAGGAGGCAGCUUCAUCCUGACUUACCUCAUCAUGCUCUUCCUGUUCGGGGUGCCCCUCCUCUACCUGGAGAUGCUCAUUGGACCCUGGCUGCAGGAGGAUAGCGUCCAGAUCUGGAAGCAGCUGGCUCCCUGGCUGGGGGGAGUGGGCUACUCCAACAUACUGGCGAGCAUCAUGGUGAGCUUGUAUAACAGUGCCGUCGUCUCCUGGUGCCUCUUCUACCUGAGCCAGUCUUUUGUUUACCCCCUGCCCUGGGACCACUGCCUGAUGGAGAAGAACAUUAAUGUCACUGACUUAUCUUGCCUGUGGACGGUGCCCCAGCAGUACUUCUGGUAUCACACGGCCCUGCACGCCUCGGGCAGCAUCGAGAACGGGAUGGACAGGCUGCUGCUGCACCUCAGCCUGGGCCUCUUGGCUACCUGGUUCUUCCUCUUCUUAAUCAUGACUGCGGAGAUCAAGAUUUCAAUGUCUAUCCUCACCUCCUCCAUCUUCCUCCCCUACAUUCUCCUCCUCUGCCUCCUCAUCCGAAGUGUCUUCCUGGAAGGGGCGUUCACCAGCCUCAAGCGGAUGCUGACCACAGAGCUUGACACCAUGGUCUCCGUGGACAUGUGGUUCCAGGCGGGAAGUCACGUGCUCUACUCUCUGGGCCUGGGCCUCGGCACCAUCAUGACCUUAUCCCAGGCCAGAUACGCCAACUACAUCAAGACGGCCUCCUCAGUGGCUUUCGUCAACCUGGUGACCUCACUGCUCACCACAUCCAUUGUGUUUCUGGUGCUGGGCUUCUGGGCCACCACCAGCGGCCACACCUGUGUUGAGAUGAGCGUCUCAAGUCUGACGAAGUUCAUUGCCAAGGGCAUUCUGCCUCAGAAGGCCAAGCCCCCGGAUGACAUGCUGCACCGACCCCCCGUGGACUACUUGGCCUGGAUCACUGGCCUCCCCAAGCACCUCCAGCACAAGGUCAUCCAGCUGUCCCCAUCCUGCAGCAUCAUGGUGAAGGAGGAACAGUUCAUGGAGGGCCUGGGCCUGUCCUUCGUAGCCUUCUCCCAAGCCGUCUUGUUGCUCCCCGGGGCCUCGUUCUGGGCCAUCAUCUUCUUCCUGGCUCUGAUCAUCAUGGAGCUGUGCAUCAUGAUACGAAUCUUGGAGUGCAUUAUCCUAACACUCCAGAACUUCAUUUUCAUAAGGCAACCCAGGAUGGUUCCAGUGGUCAUCUGCUUGGGAGGUUUUCUGGGCAGCCUCAUCUUCUCCACCCGCUCUGGCAGCUACAUAGUGGCCUUGUUUGAUGACCACAUUGUCCCGCUGGUCCUCAUCAUCGUGGUGCUGUUCCAGAACGUGGCUGUGGCCUGGAUCUAUGGUGCCAGGAGGUUCAGGCAGGCGAUCCUGGUAAAGUUGGGCCACCUGAUCAGGCCCUCAUUCACCAUGCUGUGGCUCUACGUGAUGCCACUCUGGCUGCUGACCCUGAUCGUCAUCUCACUCGCCCUCCACUACCACAGUCCCAGCCCCUCCUACAUCACCUGGAACAGCAGUGUGAGCCAGGAGGUAAGGCAGCCGUACCAGCAGCACAUGCUGCACUGCUUCACGAGCCUCAGCCUCUCCCCGCUCCUCGUCAUCCUCGGCUACCUGCUGUACCACUGGUGGUACCGGCAGGACCCGGUCGGCUCCAACACCCUCCAGAGGCUGCCGGCCAAAAAGAUCCCCACCAUGCUCCCCCAGCCCCUGCCCUGGCCCAAGCACCCCAUGAAGAAAUCCACCAGCCAACUCCAGGACCCCAGCACCGUGUCGUCCAUGGAGUUCAGCCUGCCCCUGAGGAGCAGGAGCUCGCCCUGGUUCAAAACAUGCCUGAUGCCCUCCCUGACCUCCCAGGACAGCAUCGUGACCCCCCUGCAGAUGACCCCCACCUCGGAGACCCUGGACGACAGCCAAGUGAUGAGCAAGCAUUCGUCCCUGUAA